UUUCAAAGAACGUGACGCGACGUCUCGCGUGUGUUACAUGCCUGAAAACCGGGAAUAGGCUGCGUAUGGUCACAUUUACGUAUACUUCCAAACUUUUUCAGUGUUGCCGCCAUGCCACCCAGAAGGUCCAUCACAAAAAGAAAGCCGGCUGAUGURGCAGAAGAUCUUAAAGAAUCCAAGAAAGUGAAAGUUUCACACAAGAGUCACUGCAAGGAGGUGGGCCAAAUUCUGGRUUUGGGCCAAGGUGAUGUUGGGCAGUUGGGCUUAGGUGAGAGUAUCCUCGAGAGGAAGAAGCCAGCUCUUGUGUCCCUAUCAGAGAAAAUAGUACAAGUGGUAGCAGGAGGCAUGCACACAGUGUGUCUCACUGAAUCUGGUCAAGUCUACACUUUCGGCUGCAACGAUGAGGGAGCUCUUGGGCGAGACACGUCAGAUGAAGGGUCUGAGAUGGUUCCUGGAAAGGUGACUCUGGAUGAGAAGGUGGUCCAGGUGUCUGCAGGGGACAGUCACACAGCUGGACUCACAGAGGAUGGAUCAGUGUUCAUCUGGGGCUCCUUCAGGGACAACAAUGGUGUUAUUGGCCUCRUGGAGCCCAUGAAAACAUGUCCUGUUCCUGUUAAAAUCCCCCUCACAGAGCCUGUUGUGAAAAUUGCUUCAGGGAARGAUCAUAUGGUGCUGCUGACGCUGGAUGGAAACCUGUACACAUCGGGCUGUGCAGAGCAGGGACAACUGGGACGAGUGCCGGAGCAGUUUUCAAACAGAGGGGGCAGGAAAGGUCUGGAGCGGCUGCUGGUGCCACAGAUGGUAAAACUCAAACGGAAGGUCCACUUUACUGARGUGUUUUGUGGUGCAUAUUUUACUUUUGCUGUGUCUAAAGAAGGAUAUGUUUAUGGAUUUGGCCUCUCAAACUACCACCAGCUGGGCACUAAAAGCACCGAGACGUGUUUCGUCCCAAAAAAGCUGACGUGUUUCAAGAACUCUACGACCGCCUGGGUGGACUUUUCUGGAGGACAACAUCACACUCUCUGCCUAGAUGCUGAAGGGCAGGUUUAUAGCCUCGGUAGAGCAGAGUACGGCCGCCUCGGCCUGGGUCAAGGAGCUGAAGAGAAAAGCGAGCCCACCCCUGUGAAGGGGAUGGAGCCGGCUAGAGGAGUAUCCUGUGGAGCUUCUGUCAGUUAUGCAGUCGCCAGAGAAGGUUCUGUCUAUGCUUGGGGCAUGGGAACCAACCUGCAGCUUGGCACAGGUGAGGAAGAUGAUGAGUGGAGCCCUGUGAAGAUGACGGGCAAACAGCUGGAGAACCGUGAAGUACUGAUGGCGUCCAGCGGAGGGCAGCACACAGUCUUACUGGUCAAAGACAAGCAGGAGAGCUGAUGAGCCGCUCAGGCAGGAUGACGGGGAGGAUUUGGAUCUUUUUUUAAGGGCCUUGUUCAGGGCGCUCAGUUUUAAAUAGGCUGUUAAUCUAUAUUUGGCUGUGCUGAGCCGAGGGGGCGUGGUGGGGUUCAGUGUACAGGGGAGAGAUGAGGUUUGACCUUUUAUAAACUCCUUUCUUCUUAACUUUGCUGGAGAAAUGUUUGUUAGAUUAUGAAAUGAGGAGACUAUUUUUUUAAUCUGUUUUUUGGACGUUUUAUUAUAUUUCAUUGAGUCGUUUGUAUGGCUGACUCUUCUGUGGAUGUGACCGCAUGUACAUUUAAUAACGUUGUUUUAUGUUUUCUUUAAAGCAAUAAUUAGAUUUUCUUUGGUUCGCACACACAUUCAGAUUCUGAGAGUUUAACAUGUGAGACUACUCUUCACUUUUACCCACUGCAAACACACAAUUGUGAAGAUACAUGCUGUAUUCUGCAUUUUGAUGAUUUCCUGUCAGAAAAUAAAAAUAAUUUCUUUUAAAUUCAUUUAA